UUGAAUUGUGACAGUUGCCCUUCGUAAACAGAGGGCUCGCUUACAUGAAGCCGAUGGUAGCGCGGUGGUUGUGCGUUAAUCAGCAUUAAUGAGUGGCAUGUUUAGAAGCAAGUUAAACUAUCUUCUAUCACAUUAGAAGGAACAGCACCUGCGGCAUUAAAACUGACAACGAUUCUACAUGAGGAAUCGAAUUGCUUGUAAAGAAGAUGAAUCUCUCAUUUAAAUUAUCUCGACGAAUUCCACAAAUCAAGACCAUAUACUAUGGGUCAUUUGCGUUUGUAUGUGUAAUCAUUGUUUUUAUUAUCCGUACCACGUGCAAUUCUGCAAAUGACAAAGCCUGCUCGAACAGUAACAAAGUAUGCUUUCGUUAUAAUUCGUCGUCUGGAAAGGAGUUUCUACUAGAGGAUGUUCUACUGAGCAAAAGGAAGCCAACUCCGGGAAAGACCAUUUUCUUUCAUGAAACAUCGUGCUCUGAGUUGAAUCAACUACAUUUAACAUCAAGACAAGCCUGUGCCAUCGAGUCGGCAGCGUUAGCAAAUCCGAGCUUGGAUGUUUUUGUACUUUUCACUUCACCUGCUCAUUCGAGUAACACGUCCAAAUCAAAGAUAGUCGAUGCUAUCCUCACUUACUCUAAUGUUUAUCUGCGAAGUUUAAACCUUUGGACGUACGCAGCUGAUACACCAAUUUCCGAAUGGCUGGAGGACGGCGGAAUAUUCAGUUCGAAAUAUGUUAAAUCACACAUUUCAGAUUUUUUGCGAUAUUUGACGUUGUAUAAAUGGGGUGGAACAUACCUCGAUCUUGAUGUCGUUAUCCUGCGAAGCCUGGAGAACAUUAAGCCCAAUUUUGCUGGAGCUGAAUCAGACACGCACGUAGCUGCAGGGGUUAUGAAUUUUGAUAAUGAAGAUUUCGGGCAUGAAAUUGCUGCUGCCUGUCUUAGGAAUUUUCAAAUGAAUUUUAAUGGCAAUAACUGGGGAAGUAACGGACCUGGAGUUAUAACACGUGUUCUCCACGAUAUUUGUCGAACUAAAUCUCCUCAGUUGAUGACUCGUAACCGAUGUACUGGUUUCAAAGUGUUUCCCAUAGAAGCCUUCUACGCGAUCCCUUGGCCAAAGUGGGAACAUUUCUUUGAUCCAUCAUUUACUGAAAGUGUGUUGAAUAGAACAAAAAAUUCUAUUGCUGUACAUAUAUGGAAUCGUCAUAGUACGGGAAAAGUAAUAAAUGUGGGGUCAAAAGCCGCUUAUGCAGAGUUCGCUGAAAAACAUUGCCCCAAGGUUUAUAAAGCUAGCGGAACUUAUUUCAGAUAGAAGUAUUUAACUAGCAAAUAAUUACAAAGAUAUUUAUUUAGUCGUAAGCUUGGUAACCGUUUGAGAAAAAUGUGUUGUUUUCAUAAGAAAUACAUCGGAUUUAUUGUGA